CAUGAAGGUGUUCAUUACUCUACUGGCUUUGGCUGUUGCCUCUGCCUCGGCUUACGAGGAGGUGAUCCACAACAAGGAUAUCACCAAGGUGAACAAGAUCGAGGGUCGCAUUACCAACGGCUACCCAGCCUACGAGGGCAAGGCUCCCUACACCGUCGGACUCGGCUUCAGCGGUGGCUGGUGGUGCGGUGGUUCCAUCAUCUCCAACACCUGGGUCCUUACUGCUGAGCACUGCACUGGCAGCGCCGAGUCCGUCACCGUCUACUUCGGUGCCACAUGGCGCACCAAUGCCCAGUACACUCACUAUGUUAGCCGCAACGACAUGAUCAACCACGGAUCAAAGGAUAUUUCUUUGAUCCGCAUCCCUCAUGUGGACUUCUGGAGCAUGGUCAACAAGGUUGAGCUGCCCAGCUACAACGAUCGCUACAACGACUACAACAAUUGGUGGGCUGUUGCUUGCGGCUGGGGUGGCACCUAUGAUGGCUCUCCUCUGCCCGACUGGCUCCAGUGCGUCGACUUGCAGGUUAUUUCCAACAGCGAGUGCGCUCAGACCUACGGCACCGGCACUGUUACCGACAGCAUCAUCUGUGUGAGGACUCCCGACGGCAAGUCCACCUGCGGUGGUGACUCUGGUGGUCCUCUGGUUACACACGACGGCAGCAAGCUUAUUGGUGUUACCAACUGGGUGUCUGCUGCUGGCUGCCAAUCUGGCCAUCCUUCUGGCUUCCAGCGUGUCACCUACCACUUGGACUGGAUCCGUGAGCACACUGGCAUUUCUUACUAAAAAGCUAUAACAACUUACGAGAAAUUAAAAAAAAUUUGAUUUGAAAAGCAAAA